AUGAGCGAACAGUUAAGAAAAAACGUCAUUGAUGAGCUCCGCAAAGCCGAAGGGGAACCGCUCCCUCUACAAGAACUGUUUGAGCGCUCUGGUGGAGUAAAAGCGACUAACUUGAAUUUUGAAAAAGAAAGAAUUCCAUCAUGGAUUUAUGUGGAACUUUGUUCUCGAGCGGUGAAACCUGUCCACGGCGGUGACGAAAACAGCCUUCCCAAGUAUGCUCUUCAUGUUGAUCAUGCUCGCAAAACGGGUACAUUGAAGAAAAGAACCGCUAGAUCAAAAAGCGAGUCUAGCUCGCGCGGAGGGACGCCGGAUGGUGGUACACCGCGUUUCAAUCCAAGGACUGAAAGCUUCAUAAUCUUUUGCCACAUUGUCCGACGACUUUCUGCAAUUUCGCAAGAUGGAUCUGUCAGCUGGAAUGCUAUCAGGGACCAGUACAGGAAAGAGACAGGCCGUCAGUUGGUUGCUGACGAGUUGAACAAUAUGUGUGGCACUAUCAAUAUGACGAUAAACGAGUUGCUCACAACUUAUCUAUCAACAUUGCAGCCACUUCCCAAAGAUUGCGAACUCUCAGCCAUGGUGUCGAUCGUUUCUGAAGAAGUUCAGUCUGAUCUAAUAGGGGAUGGCGAUCAAAACAUCGUGGAACAACUACGAAAAGAUGAGGUCGAUAACGACGACAGUAAAGCAUCUUCUGGCGAACGCACGCCACCCACAAGUCGAAGUUCCGCUUCGGCUGUUGACGAAGCGUCGAAGCCUUCUUCACGUGAGAUGUUCCGAACACCAGAUUCUGGCCAUACAUCCUUUGUGUCGGUGAAUCAAACAUUCGAAACUAGCGGAAAAUUUGAUUACGUUAUUGGAGAUGAUAGGUCACCGGAAAGCGACAUCUCACUUGACGUCACAUGCGAAAGAUCGGCUCUGAAUAGUACGCCAUGUCGCACCCAUGAAAUUACUCUAUGCGAUGAUAACGAUCCUAUGGUGCAAAGCGAGACGGAGUAUACGGAGCAUAAGGACCCUACGGACAAAGAUGUCCUGGCGCAGUCGGAACAAGCGGAACAUGAGGAUAAACCUUCCCCCGUCGACUCUUUUGAGGAAGCAGAAGAUAAGGAACAAGUUGCUGAUAAGCCCCUCGAACAAGUUCCACACGAAGACGAACGGCGCUACGAAGUUCCAUCCGAAUCCGGUAGUGAUCAUGUGGAGGACUCAGGAGAGCUUUCAUCCGAAGAACCUGCAGAGGUUGAGCCCCAAGAAGAAGUGCAGGGAGACGAACGGCGAUACGAAGCUCUAUCCGAAUCAGGAAGUGAUGAUAUCGAGGACUCAGCGGAUCUUUUAUCAGAAGAAACGGCAGAGGUAAUCAUUCAAAAACUGGCUCAAGAUAUGCCCACGGAAGAAGGUUUACCCACAGAAGGCAACCCAGUGCCAGAAAUUGUCAUCACUGAGCCAGAGGAGGAAUCGGUUAAGAAAGGCGUAGGAGUAGAAGAGAAACUUGAUGUAGAUGAAACAAAUGGAGAGAUAAAUGAAGAUGCGGAAGUUUUGCCAGAUGUUGAAUCAACUACCGAACUCGAAGAUGUACCUAGUGAUGUCAGCGAGGACGCUGAUGCGCAGACCAUAGUAAAUGUUGUAGUGGAAGAACCGAGAAGUGAGGAGCUGUACAGCAUGGCUGAUAUCAUAAGUAAUGUUUUUGGGGAAGAAUAUAUUGUUGACGACCAAAGGGUGCUUAAAUCCGCUAUGUCCGACUCGAACAUAGAAGAAUCUGCUGAAGAGAGCGACACAUACAUUCCGCAAGGCACACCAGUCAAGGAACGAAGACUGGUGUUCGAAACAAGUGAAGAGAAAGAAGAGCCGGAACUUCUUAGCGUUGAAAUUGAAAUGGAUGGUGAUGUCGAUGUGAAGGAGAAGGUAGAGAUGUUUGAGCAUCUUCAGAAGAGUACCAAAAUGAAACUUACCGAAAAAGUGACAUCUUGGGUGGAAAUCAACCAAGAAGCACCGGCGCUGAAUGAAAUGGUGACAGUGACAAUUGAGCCGUCUCCAGUAGCGCAGGCCAGCGAUUCUUGGGAAAAAGCAUUCGUUGUUGCCAGCGGAUCUGUUCUGCCCGAAACGACAUCUUCGCAAGAGACAAGUGUAGACCUGGAUGUGUCAGAGGCACACAGUGUCCUGCAUGAGAUGGAGAAGCUUGCAGAGAAAGCAAGGUUAACGAAAAAACGAGGGCAAGCUCUGGCUGAACGUAGAUUCAUGGCUCAACUACGUCGACUAAUGGACUGUUGCGACUGUUGCACAGUUUUGUAA